AUGGCGUCAGAACAGAGCCAACCCCGCAAGACAAGAAGAACAGCCAAUGCCUGCGUCGCGUGUAGACAUAGCAAGAUCAAAUGCUCGGGAGAAGACCCAUGCCAGAAUUGUCAGCGUCGUUCAGUAACAUGUCGCUUCGCAGAAGGCGUGACGAAAGUAAUGGUCUCGGAAAAAUAUCUCCAGGAUCUUCAAAAACAAGUAGAAGAGUAUCAGCGCUCACCAUCAAAUACAGCCCUUGAUGGCAGACAGAAUACAGAAACGCCGUUUAUCUACCGCUCACCUCCCUCAGCGACCAUAUCUUCCGCCCCUCCGCCAUACCACUCUUCCAUAGAAGUAUCAUCCGCUCAGUCCCACGCGCCAUAUUGCUCUCCCUCGAUAUCCCAGCCUCACUCCUUUUCUCCUAGUCUCAAACGCACAAGCGAUGCAGCUUUCAGCGACGUCAAUGGUGAGUGCGGAGUUGGUACCAGUCUCGCUUCUCCUGCGCUUACGGUGGAAGGCUCGCAUUCACAUCAACAAUCUGAGUCUAACCCUGCCAACAAAGGUUCAUCGUCAUCGUAUCAACAGCAGGGCGAGUCGCCGUUGAGUAUAUGGCCUAGCGCGUUUACCAUUCCUUCCAAGAUCAUCAAGAAUACACGGAAGAACAGACGAACUUGGAUCUGGUUGGCGCCUUGGUCAACAUGGUCCUUCACAUUACGACUGAUGCUCAUGCUGGGCGAUAAACUACAACCAGGGGGAAACUUGAUCCCACCGCAGCUGAUAGAAGACGACGUAUACACCUUAUCGUGGAACAUCCGUCCACCACACGAAAGGCCCGAUGUCACUGGACUACCUUCUCUCGACCACGCGAUUUAUCUCUUCCACACCUUUAAAUUCCACCUAGGCCAAACAUACCGCCUCUUUGAUGAGGUAGAAUUCGUGAACGAGAUACGUGAUUUCUACUCAGAUGCGCAGAGCAAGGCAGAGGAGAGCCGCCUCUGGUAUGUCAAGUUUCUCUUGAUUCUGGCCUUUGGUACGGCCUUUCACUCAUCCCAGUGGAUGCCCUCCACCGAACCCCCCGGCUCAAAAUUCUUUGUGAGAGCGAUGGGUCUCAUGCCGGACCAUACUGCGCUUUGGAAGGAUAGUUUACUUGCUAUUGAGGUGUUGGCAAUGGUAGGCUUGUAUCUUUACUCUAUCGACGAGAGGGAAUCUGCGCACGUAUACCUUGGCCAGGCCAUCAGGAUAGCUCAAUUAGAAGGUUUGCACACACAGCUACCGGACAGCGAACUCGGUAGUGAAACAGUUACUCGGUGUCGCGAUUUGUGGUGGACUUUAUAUAUUAUGGACCGACACUUUUCUUCUUCCCUGGGACUACCCAUGUCAGUACAGGAUAGUGACAUUUCGACGCCAGUUAACCCUCCCAACGUGGGGUCUCAAGAUGACAGCGCUCGAAGUCUGCAGGUGAACCUGUCUCACCUAUUAUCAGUAAUUUUAACAACACUUUACAAGCCGGAGAAAACACCUCUCGGACAGUUCCUCGAACAGACCAAGGCUAUUCUUCACACUUUAGCUCAUCACGCACAAGAAAUCGAAAAGAUAAUAUCGAUGAAAUUCCGUAAUUCGGUAGAUACGAUGCCUCGAGGCACAAAAUACAUAACACUUUUAUAUCACCAGUGUGUAAUUGUAGCGACACGCCCUCUUCUCCUCUCAGUCCUCAAAGAGCGUCUUGACAUUCUGGGCCAACCCGGUGCUGAGAACUCGGAAGCCUUUCUCGGUCAAACAGCAGCCGUGAUAUCGACAGGCAUUAAAUCGGCCGUCAAGACACUUCAGAUCCUGACCAGCGAAUACAAUCUUCUCGAGGUCUUUUUACCCUACGAUAUCGAAUUCACAUUUGGAGCCGCCCUCCACCUCAACAUGGCAACAGCAUUAUUCCCCGGCGUCGCCGACGACCAAAACAGCCGUCAUCUAGUCCACCAACUUCUCGACAACAUGAUCGCCCGAGGCAACCGACUAGCCAAAGUUCGAAAACAAGAGCUCGUUUAUCUCGAAUCGCAGUGUCAGGAACUCGUCACGCAGGUACAGCAGCAGGGACUACAGACGCUGUCUUUAGCGGUGACAGAUGAAGCAACUUCGGAGUCGGUUGGGAAAGUGGAUGAGGAGAGGCUUUUAAAUACGGAUAUGGAAGAGGGGACGAGUGAUUUGGACUUUUUGGAUAAUAUUGGGAUUUCAUCGGAGGAGUUUAUGGCGAUUGUGCAGCAGAUUGGGGAUCCGGAUAUCAUGCCGGAGAAUAUGCUGACUUUGGAGUGA